AUGAGCACCGUGCAUCGAGGAACAGCGAUAGAGACAUUGGUUUUAUCGCACGUCGGUACGUGUAUCUCGCUCAGUGGUCAGGCCGAUCCGAAGCCGGCGGCUGGGGAGAUGAAGGUCGCAUGGUCGCAGAAGCGGCCGGUGUUUGUCUCCAAGGACACAGUCAGUUUGGAUCCUUCUGCGUUUCGUAGACUUGUUCGACGGGGCAACAGAAGCAACAGGGGAAUCGGGACGAGCAAAGAUUCGGGCGCCAGUCCCAUAUGCUCCCCCGCCUACAGAGCACACUACCGCGCGGCGGGCUGCAGAUGUGCUGCAUAG